AAGUAGAAUUCGUUAACGCGCGUUAUAGUCCCCCGUAGUCACGAUGGGCAGGGACCAGGAUCUGAACAGCACGCAAAAUCUGGUGCAUCCGGAGUGGGAAAUCCUCGAUCCGACGCCCGACAUAUACUCCCUGUUUCCGCUCUUCGACCGUAAGUUCUUCCAGGGAAAGCUGUCCUGUGUGCAGCUCGAGUGGAGCAAAAAGAUGUACAACUGUGCCGGCAUUUGCUACCAGCGCUCGAAUCGUCUCGGUAGAAGCUGCAUCAUCAGACUGAGCGAGCCGCUGCUGAAGCUGAGGCCACGUAAGGAUCUCGUUCAAACGCUGCUUCACGAAAUGAUCCACGCCUACUGUUUCGUGCUGGGUAUCCGCGAAGGCAACGGAGGGCACGGACCGACCUUUAAGAAGAUCAUGAACGGAAUCAACAAAAUCGCCGGCACAAACAUAACGGUGUAUCAUAACUUCCACGACGAGGUGAAUGUGUACAAAACGCACUGGUGGCGAUGUAACGGGCCCUGCCAACAACGACAGCCCUUCUACGGGAUGGUGAAGCGCACCAGCAACCGCAAACCGGGACCCAGUGAUUUCUGGUGGAAAGAGCAUCAGCUAACAUGCGGCGGAGAGUUUGUGAAAGUCCGUGAACCAUCGCCAAAGCGAAAGAACGCUAAAAACAAGGAAAACGUUGCGGGAUUCUUUACUCCCGUCCAGCGAAAGGGGCCAGACAAUCGCAGCAAGGGCCAGCCUGUCCGCAGUCCACAGAAAAACGUGAUAUCGAACUACUUUGACAACUCGAUCUCGAGUGGAACUGGUGGGUCUGUGAAGGGCCGACCGGUAACUUCUCCUUCGAAACCCACCGCCAGAUCCGUCCCUUCAAAGAAACCCUCGUAUACUCCUGGGGCUAAGCCUAAUAUCGGUGGCACAACCCUCGAAAUUCGUAAGCCUACCGUUACCGUAACGCCCAAAACAGAGAAACCGUCCACUGAGGCCCCAACAAAACCACCCAUCACCCGUCCAGCUUCGGUAGGAGGCAAUUUACCGAACGUAAAACAGUUCAAGGAUUUGACGAGCAGUGAGGAUGAUGAUGGAAGUCCGAGCCACAAACCGAACCGUUCCAGUGCGGUGCCAUUGUUUACCGGGCGAGGCUUUACGCUUGGCUCCUCGUCCGGUGGUUCCUCGUCGGGGAUCCCACCAAGAAGUCGUUUGCUGGAUAGAUUCCCCGCGGCAAGUGGGUCGCCGCUGCCGAAAAAAGCACGCAUGGAGACGGUGGGCGGCGGCGGCCCGGUAGGGACUGGGCAGCGGAGUGCCGACGUUAUCGAUACGAUAUCGCUACUGAACGAUUCCGACGAAGUGUUUGAUGAAAUUGAUGAUUCGCAGAUCGCACAAACGGUAGCAAACAUAAAGAAGGAGCGCCAGAAUGCUAUUAAGCAGGAAAUCCAAGACUCAUUCACGGGCGAAGACGCGGGUGAAGGUGAUGAGAUCUUGCUGAUCGAUGACGAUUACGAUGAUGAGUUGGCGGACGAAGAUUUGGCCUCGAUCGAUGAUUCACUCCUCGAUCGCUCCGUUAUCGAUGAUCUGUUCAACGACAGCGAUGAGCUGCUGGAAGACUUUAAUCGUACAAAUGCGAAAGUGAAGAUCGAAUGUCCAGACGAUGAAAUCGUGCGAUGUCCCACGUGUCUGACAAAGAUACCGCGUGGAACUGUUGGAGCGCAUCUGGAGCUGUGCUAUGAUAAGAUUACCGGGGGUGGUGGUGGUGGUGCUGGUGGUGGACCGAUAAAGGACCUCCGUAAGGAAGAUAAACCGAAUGAUGCCGGAUCGCAGACGAUACACGGUAUAGAUCGUCCCUCUACCUCGAACGCAACACCGGCACAGGGCGAUAGACGACGGAAGGAGAAUCAACCCGCUACCUCGAGUAGCACACCGGCUCAACUGAACCGAAGCACCGACAGCCAUUCAACAUCAGCGGCUAACCUUAGCUUACAGGAAGCCAGCCGACAGCUGCUGCUAGACUGUGGCUAUACCGAGGAAGACAUUCGUCUCGUGACCGACGAUUUAGAAGAGUGUCUUCCACCCGUAGACAUGGCCGCACUGCGUCAUCAGGUCCUACGAGACAGUGGCUACACCGAGGAAGAGAUAGCCCGCGCUUUGGAAGAUUCCGAUGAGGACGAUGUGGUGGAGAUCGGUCCGGUGGAUGAACGGUGCGAGUGCCCCAGCUGUGGCGUUCCAGUUCCCAUUGCCAACAUCAACCAGCACCUUGACCAGUGUCUCUCAAAAUAACGACACGUUACCUUCGUUAUGUUUGCCUGUUAUUAAAUGUCUUUACAAUUCGUAUUCGA